CGCACCAAUCCUUGCCCGCCAGACCGCCGCUGCCUGCUGACCAUGCGCCGCCCUCUCCGCCUCGCCGGUCCGCUUGUGUCACGCCCUCUCCACUGACUGUCGUGCUGCUGCGCAUCGCGCCCCGCUGGUGCCCCCCGCCCCUCCCAGCUCCCCCGUGUGCCUUCCAUGCUGGCUCUGUGAUGAAUCACGGGGCUCUCUCGACGGCUGCUGCAAAUGCGACUGCGCCCCCGCCGAAGCCCAUUCGCUUCGUGACCAACCACGAUGGGCCCUACGCGAAGCGCCGCAGGAUCAACUCGGCCUGUCUGACCUGUCGCCGCAAGAAGACGCGCUGCUCUGGCGAGCGGCCUGUGUGCGGCACAUGCGCCCAGAACAAGCACGAGUGCGCCGGCUAUGGCGACGACACGGCCGCAGAGCCCGGCCGCGACUCCAAGAAGACUGCCCGCCGCGAGAGCGUCGUCUCCACUGCCAGCGCGACUGCCCGCAAAAGCGAGGCUCCGGUCGACCCUGCCGAGUCCAGUCGACCGCGCCUGCCACACCUGGCCUCGUCCAACGUGUCGCAGCUCUCAGACUCCUCCGUCAACCUUGGCGCGCUGAAGCAGGAGGACCAGGACGAGGAUGGCCUCCUCAGUCUCAACACGCGCAAUCGGAUGCCCUACUUUCGCUACUUCGGGCCCACCGCCAUCAUGCCCGGCUUCAGGCAGAUGGUCGUCAAGGUCAGAGGCCAACGCCACGGGAGCAAUCAAACCACGUCCGAUCAGCAUGGAGUCGACUCUUCGCCCGCGGAACCCCACGGCUCGCCCACAGGCGCCGAAGCUCGCACACCGCUCGAGAUACCCGUCUACGACAACUCUGACAUGUCGCCCAGUCCACUCAUCACCCACUUGUGCAAAGUCUUCUUUGUGAAUCUGGGCUGCUGCUUUCCUUUUCUGCAGCACGAGCGCUUCAUGCGAGAUCUCGAGGAGAAGCAGGUCGACGCCAUCCUCGUCGACGCAGUGUGCGCCUUGGCCGCCAGGUUUUCCACCCAUCCUAUGUUGGCUCGAGGGGGGACUCAGCAGAAAGAAGGCUCUGAGAAAAAGACCAAGACUUAUCACCCUGAAGCCGGCCAGGCUUUUGCCCAACGAGCUAAGUCAAACAUUCCAGACGCUUUCCCCUGUCCAAACGUUGCCGUGGUGCAGGCAGCGCUACUUUUGGCCUACGAUGAGUUCGGAGGUGGUCGCGAUAGUGGUCUGUGGAUGUACCUCGGUAUCGCUAUCCGAAUGGCUCAAGAUCUCGGCAUGCAGACUUUGGAAGGCUUGAAGUACGAAGGCCGAAAUGGAAUCACCCCCAAGCUCGUCAAAACAGACACGAAUACCGUUAGUGCGCCCGCAUUGCACCAUUCUACUUCGCAACAGAGUCGAGAAAUGACAUCUGAUGAACAGGAGCGAAGAGCAGUCGAGCGCGAGCGUUUAGACACAUUCUGGUCCAUCUUCUUUCUUGACCGUGUCAUUUCCUCAGGUACAGGUCGUCCAGUUACCAUCCGUGAUCGGGACAUCGAGAUCAGCUUCCCUUCUCUUGACGAAGUGGACACAGGCUCCGGAUGGCCAUUGCCCUUUCCCGCCCUGAUUCGCAUAAUUCACCUUUAUGGGAGGGUAACGGACCUACUGAAUAGAGUCAGGGACGUCUCGGACAUUACGAGAGAUCUUCAAAAGCAGCUGGAUGCGCUAGAAAACCGCUUGACGGAGAUCUAUCAGAAUCUCUCUCCCAAGCUCCACUUCAAUGCCGUCAACUUCCAACAAUACGUCAAGUUCAAUCAAGGGACCAACUUUCUGCUACUUCAUUGUUGGUUCCACACUUUGAUAGUUUUGCUGCACCAGCCGACAUUGUUGAAGCCUUUCGAGGGAAGUCCGCAAUCUCUCUCCGCUAACAGCAGGGAGCUUUCAAUGUCUUCAGCAAAGACGAUUGCCGACAUCUUGUCUUUCACUGAGCUAAUCGAUACAAAGACAGGGGUGUGCAAUCCCUUCACAAGUCAACCGAUAUAUAUAGCCGCGUGCGCCUUUCUUCAAGAGUCUGCAAUGCACUCGGCAUCGUCUCAGCCCCAGUCUCGACCACAAUCGCGACCUGCAUCCCCCGGACCACGGAGCGAGCAGAGGGCCCCGCUUACACAACUGAACCUAGACAAGAGCAUGUCAAAUGGAGAUAGAUCGAAUCAUCUGCAGGAUCGCGAGCAAAAACAGGCUGCCAAGCAUACACUGCUGGCCUCGGCAGCAAAUCAGAACUAUCAGCGCUGCCAUCGUGCACUAAAGUCAAUUGAGACGUAUUGGGAAGGCGUCAAAUACAUCAUUACUGUAUUGGAUCAGAAAGCAAAGGGUAUUGACAAUCCGCUGCUAUACACAAGAGAAGAAAUGGAGAGCGCUCUAGAAGUACCUCGCCCGGAGCCAUCAUUCUCAAGCCCAGGAUGGCGGAGGAAGCUGAGUUGGGGAACGUACUUAACAGCGCAAACGCCAGACGGCGACAUGGCGAACAUGCCUGCAGCGAUCAGACAGGGUGCCAGGACGCCAACAAUACCUGGCUCACCGAUGGGACAUUCAAGUCAAGCCAUCGGAUGGUCGCUCACUGGCACGAUGAACUCUCCAUCUACAAACGUCGCUGUCAUGUAUCCGUCUGAGACUGGCACUGGACGCGAUGCAAAGUCAGGGCCGCCGAAACGUGUACCCACUAGUACCCAGCCGUCCAUCGCCUCGCUCAUAUCCAACACUCCGAUCAAGUUCGAAGCGCCGCAGCCGCCUAUGCCAUCCCCAUCCCUCUACCCACCUUUCGACCCCGCGUCGAUGCCCCCACCUCCGGCAAACAACUCGUACGGCAUUAUACCUGCGCCCGACCCUGCGCUAGUCUCCGACGCCGAUCUUCUGUUGAACCUCCACUCUCCCUUUAAUAACGCAUCACCAGGUCAAGGGCCUCUACAAAAUACUACGUCCUACGUUCGAUCUGCAUCCAUGCAGAAUAAUCAAGGUCGUCAGGUGCCCAGCGAGUUUUCUCCAACAUUUGGCCUGUAUCCCACACCGUCAGACAACGUGUUUGGCGACAUGGUCAUCGACACCCAGGACGUCGACAUGUCCGUGCUAGGCGCCGACAUGAUGCCGUGGGAUCUAGAGUAUCUGCCCCACGACAUGCUCUACUUUGGUGACGGCACAUUUGGCACCAAUGAUAUGGGUGGUGCACAGUGAGAUGGGGUUAGGAUCAAAGGAUCCAUGUACAAAUGUCAAAUCAGAUGCUAGCGCGGCGUUCCGGUUAUGGAGACUUUAGCUGCCAGCGCAUUUACAGGCGAGCUACGUAAGGUUUACGCAAAUGAUACCACGUUCUGUCUUUUGGGUGAAUCGUCGCUCUUGAGCGAUAUCGCGUACCAUGCAAACAAGCCUGACACUUCGAAGUGCUUGGCCAGGACAC